UGAUAACGGAGUUACAUUAAGACAUAACAUGUCUGAUCUAUAAAUACUUCUCCAUCUUCUUCAAUCACUCUGUUCUUCAGCUACCAUAUAGUUUCGAAUCAAAACUAGGGUUACAAAAUUUCUCUCAGUGUGAAGACAACGUACGAGAAAACAAACAAUGGAGGUAUAUGGAAACUCACCCGUGGUUGGUUCCGCCAAUGUUAUCUACUUGUCUGCGUUACUUGGUCGCGAUGGACCCAACCCAUGUCACAAAUGUGACUGGAAAUGCGAGAACGAAAAUGUGUGUGGAAAUAUGUACCGUUGCAAGCUAACCGGGUUGAACCAUGUCUGUGACAAGAACUGCAACCAACGGAUCCUGUAUGAUAACCACAACUCUUUGUGCCGAGCCAGUGGCCGGAUAUUCCCACUCUCACCGGCUGAGGAACAGGCGGUAAGAGGAGUCCGGAGGAAGCUUGAUGAUGAGAGUCAAACCUCUGAAAGCUGCGUCAAGCGCCGCCGACGUGACGCUCAGUUUCUUUCUUCUCCUUUCGAGAGGUCUUUUGCUGCCGUGAGCCCAAUUUGCAGCCAGGCUGGAGAUGGAAUGGAGAUGAACUAGAGAUCUUUCUAUCUCCGAGGGAAUAAUAACUUACCUUUCUUUUCGAUUUUGGACAAACUAUGUAAUAAGAGAUAAUUAUUCAUGUUCUCUUCCAGGGAGACUAGGUGUAGCUCCCGGUAUGAAGCAGCAUUUUAUCUUAGUACCGUUGAACUCUUAUGUAGUAGUUAACGUAGGAGAGACUUCAUGAUUCUGCUGCUCUGUUGUGGACGUUUCUUGUUUUAAUAUAACUUGUUGAAGUAGAAGAAUAACACAAAUGUUUCAGCUGUUGCCA